AUGGAGUUCAUCGAGCAACUUCAAUUUCAUCGAAGAACGUACCACGCCAGCUGCCCCAUCGUCGCCCAACUUGGCGUGUUUCUUCUGUUCUCAGUUGCUGUCAGUAACGAAGCAUCGUGUUGGACUGAGCCAAAAUCAGCUGAGGACCGUAUUGUACGACAAAUGCCGUGUUCUCCCAACUGUCUUGAAGUCCACGAGCUCUCCACAGGAGGAGUCAUCAAGCUCAUCGUCGACUUCUGCUGGAGUGCCAGAAAAUGCAUCCGAGAUCACUACUUCUCAGAGUGUGAUCAGUAG